AUGGCUAGCUCAGCCCGGGAGCACCUGCUUUUUGUGCGGCGUCGAAAUCCCCAGAUGCGGUACACACUGAGCCCAGAGAACCUCCAGAGCCUGGCUUCCCAGAGCUCCAUGCCGGAGAACAUGACCCUACAGAGGGCGAACAGCGACACAGACCUGGUGACUUCCGAGAGCCGCUCCAGCUUGACUGCGAGCAUGUACGAGUACACGCUGGGGCAAGCCCAGAACCUCAUUAUCUUCUGGGAUAUUAAAGAGGAGGUGGACCCCAGUGAUUGGAUUGGACUUUAUCAUAUAGAUGAGAAUUCUCCAGCCAACUUCUGGGAUUCUAAAAACAGGGGUGUGACUGGAACCCAAAAAGGGCAAAUUGUAUGGAGAAUUGAGCCUGGGCCCUAUUUCAUGGAACCGGAGAUAAAAAUCUGUUUUAAGUACUACCACGGCGUUAGUGGAGCCCUUCGCGCCACCACCCCUUGCAUCACCGUGAAGAACCCAGCUGUGAUGAUGGGGGCAGAAGGCAUGGAAGGAGGUGCUUCUGGAAAUCAGCAUUCUCGGAAACUAGUUAGCUUUACCUUGUCAGAUCUUAGAGCAGUUGGGCUAAAGAAAGGGAUGUUCUUCAAUCCUGACCCUUAUCUUAAGAUGUCCAUUCAGCCAGGGAAGAAGAGCAGUUUCCCCACCUGUGCGCACCAUGGGCAGGAGAGAAGGUCUACUAUCAUCAGUAACACCACUAAUCCAAUUUGGCACCGAGAGAAAUAUUCCUUUUUUGCACUUCUUACUGAUGUCUUAGAAAUUGAAAUUAAAGACAAAUUUGCCAAGAGCCGUCCCAUCAUCAAGCGUUUUCUGGGGAAACUAACCAUUCCAGUCCAGAGAUUGCUGGAGCGGCAAGCCAUUGGCGACCAAAUGCUCAGCUACAACCUUGGCCGCAGGCUCCCAGCUGACCACGUGAGCGGGUACCUCCAGUUUAAAGUGGAGGUUACGUCUUCUGUGCACGAAGAUGCUUCUCCAGAAGCUGUUGGCACAAUACUUGGGGUCAAUACUGUAAAUGGAGACCUAGGAAGCCCUUCUGAUGAGGAGGACAUGCCUGGGGGCCAUCAUGACAGCCCCGUUUGUUCUAAUGGACCAGUUUCUGAGGACAGUGCUGCUGAUGGGACGCCCAAGCAUUCUCUCAGGACUAGCUCUACUCUGGAAAUAGACACAGAGGAAUUAACCUCUACUUCUUCAAGGACCUCACCUCCCCGAGGACGUCAGGAUUCACUCAAUGAUUACUUAGAUGCGAUUGAACACAAUGGCCAUUCCAGGCCGGGCACGGCCACCUGCUCGGAGAGGUCCAUGGGAGCCUCUCCAAAACUAAGGAGUAGUUUUCCCACUGACACAAGACUCAAUGCAAUGCUUCAUAUCGACUCAGAUGAGGAAGACCACGAGUUCCAGCAAGACCUAGGAUAUCCAUCUUCCUUGGAGGAGGAGGGAGGGCUAAUAAUGUUUGGCACGGCAUCAAGAACUGAUGAUGUGAGCCUGACAUCACAGACAAAGCCAGAAGACAACCCAGUGGAGGUGGAGGAAGCCCCCACAAAUGAAGCCGCUUCCUUCGAGGAUAAGCCAGAACAUCUUCCAGAGCUGGCAGAGGCCUCCUUACCCCCAGGCCCAGUCCCAGAUGAAAGCGAAAAUGGCCCAGAGUCUCAACCAAGUGCUGACCAGGGCAGCACCGAAUUGUGUGGCUCUCAGGAGGUGGAUCAGCCCACGAGUGGGGCAGACACGGGGACUUCCGACACGUCAGGAGGAAGCCGCAGAGCCAUCAGUGAGACUGAGUCCCUGGAUCAGGGGUCUGAGCCUUCCCAGGUAUCCUCUGAAACAGAGCCCAGUGACCCUGCCAGGACAGAGAGCGUGAGCGAGGCCAGCACGCGGCCGGAGGGCGAGAGCGACCUGGAAGGCGCCGACAGCUCCUGCAACGAGAGCGUUACCACACAGCUCUCCUCAGUGGACACGCGGUGCUCGUCUCUUGAGAGUGCACGCUUUCCCGAAACCCCGGCCUUUUCCUCUCAGGAGGAGGAAGAUGGAGCCUGCGCAGCAGAACCCAUCAGCAGUGGCCCCACCGAAGGGUCGCAGGAUUCCAUACACACUCCCAGUGCUUUACCUGUGGUGCAGGCGCCCAGUGGAGAGGAGGAAAGGCCAGGGGCAGACUUGGCCCCUCUACCUCACCAGGAGGAGGUGGGGGAGGUCUGGCAGCGGCGCGGGAGCCUAGAGGGAGCUGCUGCUGCCGAGAGCCAGCCCCAAGAAGAGGGUGAUGCCGGGGAUGCCCACCGGGCUUGUGAAGGGGCCACUGCCCAGGAGGAGGGCGCCACUGGAGGUUCUCAGGCCAAUGGCCACCAGCCAUUGAGAUCGCUGCCUUCGGUGCGCCAAGAUGUUAGCCGCUACCAGAGGGUGGACGAGGCUCUUCCACCAAACUGGGAGGCACGCAUUGACAGCCAUGGCAGGAUCUUCUACGUGGAUCACGUCAACAGAACCACCACGUGGCAGCGGCCAACAGCGCCCCCGGCCCCCCAGGUGCUGCAGAGGUCCAACUCCAUACAGCAAAUGGAGCAGCUGAACCGGAGAUACCAGAGUAUCCGCAGAACCAUGACUAACGAGAGGCCUGAGGAAAAUACCAACGCUAUCGAUGGGGCAGGGGAGGAAGCGGACUUUCACCAAGCCAGUGCAGAUUUCCGACGGGAGAACGUCCUGCCCCACUCUACCUCUAGAUCCAGGCUCACAUUGCUGUUACAGUCUCCCCCUGUGAAGUUCCUCAUCAGCCCAGAGUUCUUCACCGUGCUGCAUUCUAACCCUAGUGCCUACCGCAUGUUUACAAACAAUACGUGUUUGAAGCACAUGAUCACCAAAGUCCGGCGGGACACCCACCACUUUGAACGCUACCAGCAUAACCGAGAUCUUGUGGGAUUCCUCAACAUGUUCGCCAACAAACAGUUGGAGCUGCCAAGGGGCUGGGAGAUGAAACACGAUCAUCAGGGCAAGGCAUUUUUUGUCGACCACAACUCCCGCACCACCACUUUUAUCGACCCCCGGCUCCCGCUCCAGAGCAGUAGACCCACGAGCGCGCUGGUUCAUCGGCAGCACCUGACGAGGCAACGCAGCCACAGCGCCGGCGAGGUAGGAGAAGAUUCUCGACAUACAGGCCCACCAGUUCUUCCCAGGCCAUCGAGUACGUUCAAUACAGUCAGUAGGCCACAGUACCAGGAUAUGGUUCCAGUGGCUUACAAUGACAAGAUUGUUGCAUUUCUGCGCCAACCCAACAUCUUUGAAAUUCUACAGGAGCGUCAACCUGAUCUUACCAGGAAUCAUUCACUCAGGGAGAAGAUCCAAUUUAUCCGAACUGAAGGGACCCCAGGAUUGGUGCGUCUUUCAAGUGAUGCAGACCUUGUUAUGUUGCUGAGUUUAUUUGAAGAAGAGAUAAUGUCUUAUGUGCCUCCACAUGCCUUACUUCACCCCAGCUACUGUCAGUCCCCCCGUGGCUCCCCCGUGUCCUCUCCCCAGAACUCGCCAGGUACUCAGCGUGCCAAUGCCCGGGCUCCAGCCCCUUACAAGCGAGACUUUGAAGCCAAGCUAAGGAACUUUUACAGGAAGUUAGAGACUAAAGGAUACGGACAAGGCCCAGGGAAAUUGAAGUUAAUUAUCAGAAGAGAUCACUUACUAGAAGAUGCUUUUAAUCAGAUCAUGGGCUACUCCAGAAAAGACUUGCAGAGAAAUAAGCUGUACGUCACAUUUGUCGGGGAGGAAGGGCUGGAUUACAGUGGACCUUCCAGAGAGUUUUUCUUCCUCGUAUCCAGAGAACUCUUUAACCCAUAUUAUGGCUUAUUUGAAUAUUCGGCCAAUGAUACAUACACAGUACAAAUAAGUCCCAUGUCUGCUUUCGUAGACAAUCACCAUGAAUGGUUCCGGUUCAGUGGUAGGAUUCUUGGUCUUGCACUCAUACACCAGUAUUUGUUGGAUGCCUUCUUCACACGGCCCUUUUAUAAAGCUCUUCUCAGAAUUCUGUGUGACCUGAGUGAUCUAGAAUACCUUGAUGAAGAGUUCCAUCAGAGCCUGCAGUGGAUGAAAGACAAUGACAUCCAUGACAUCUUGGAUCUUACAUUCACUGUGAAUGAAGAAGUUUUUGGGCAGAUUACCGAACGAGAAUUAAAACCAGGGGGUGCCAAUAUCCCGGUCACAGAGAAGAACAAGAAGGAGUACAUCGAGAGGAUGGUGAAAUGGAGGAUUGAGAGGGGCGUCGUACAGCAAACAGAGAGCUUAGUGCGCGGCUUCUAUGAGGUGGUGGAUGCCAGGCUGGUGUCUGUUUUUGAUGCAAGAGAACUGGAACUGGUCAUCGCAGGCACAGCUGAAAUCGACCUGAGUGACUGGAGAAACAACACGGAAUAUAGAGGAGGAUAUCAUGACAAUCAUAUUGUAAUUCGGUGGUUCUGGGCUGCCGUGGAAAGAUUCAACAAUGAACAACGACUAAGGUUGUUACAGUUUGUCACAGGCACAUCCAGCAUUCCCUAUGAAGGAUUUGCUUCUCUCCGAGGGAGUAAUGGCCCAAGAAGAUUCUGUGUGGAGAAAUGGGGGAAAAUCACUGCUCUUCCCAGAGCUCACACUUGUUUUAACCGUCUGGAUCUCCCCCCGUACCCAUCCUUCUCCAUGCUUUAUGAAAAACUCUUGACAGCAGUGGAAGAGACCAGCACUUUUGGACUUGAGUGACCUGGAAAAGUGAGAUCGGGCUCCGUAUGGACAGGCAAUUUCAAAAGCUGCCCUCUCGAAGAAUGGCUGAACAUUGGAAGUUUGAAGAGUACACUUCCAUUAGAGUAAAGCUGAAUGCUCUGAUUUUCCAGGAACACACACUCUGUCACAUUUGGGGACCGGAUAGUGGUGAUGAGUCCUCUUGGAAGGAUUGGGGUGAGCUUGAUGCCCAGGGAACAACCCAACAGUCUUUCAAUCAACAGUUGUUGACUGCCAAACUUUUUUCCAUUUGUGUUAUGUUCCAAGACAAAGAUGAACCUGUACACGAUCAGUUCCACAGUCACUUUCAGGGACUCAGGAGAAUCUUGAAACUUACCCCUGAACGUGGAUCCAGCCAAACUGGCAGCACUUGGCCCAAUCUCCAAAUUAGCGCAGGUUAAAUAAUAUAAUAAAAACCAAUAUGUCUCCUGAAAGUACAUUCACUGAAGCCCUAAGUUAUAGCAGAAUGUUCAUUUUCUUGCUUAUGAGUGCCUGCAUGGUGUGCACCGUAGGUUUCAGCUUUCAUGGGACGCAAGUGAAAGUGAAAGCCAGUCAACAUGAGGUAACUUUAAAGAUCUGCAAUAAGGUGGU